AUGGAGAGGAUGAAGAGGUUAGAGAACGCAGCGGUGCGGGGAGUGUGCUCUAUGGGCCCCAAAGGCGUGGGGACUCGCCUUUCCAGCUCACCUCAACAAGCACCGCUGGCAAAUGCCUUAAUUUCUUUCAGCUCAGUGUCCUCAUCUGUAAGAGGAUGACCGCGCCUCCGUCCCUCGUAACGGAGCCUUCACAUAAAUGGGUCCCGUCAUGCCUCCCAGUAAGAAGCCAGAAAGCUCAGGAAUUCGCGUCUCCAGUGGGCUGAGUCCGUGUUACCGGGGCGGUGGUUUCUCCAAGGCCCUGCAGGAGGACGAUGACCUCGACUUCUCUCUGCCUGACAUCCGAUUAGAAGAGGGGGCCAUGGAAGAUGAGGAGCUGACCAAUUUGAACUGGCUUCACGAGAGCAAGAACUUGCUGAAGAGCUUCGGGGAGUCGGUCCUCAGGAGUGUCAGCCCUGUCCAGGACCUGGACGAUGACACCCCUCCAUCCCCUGCCCACUCUGACAUGCCCUACGAUGCCAGGCAGAACCCCAACUGCAAACCCCCCUACUCCUUCAGCUGCCUCAUAUUUAUGGCCAUCGAGGACUCUCCAACCAAGCGCCUGCCAGUAAAGGAUAUCUACAACUGGAUCUUGGAACAUUUUCCAUAUUUUGCAAACGCACCUACCGGGUGGAAAAACUCAGUGAGACAUAAUUUGUCUUUGAAUAAGUGUUUUAAGAAAGUGGACAAGGAGAGGAGUCAGAGCAUUGGGAAAGGGUCAUUGUGGUGCAUAGACCCAGAGUAUAGACAAAAUCUAAUUCAGGCUUUGAAAAAGACACCCUACCACCCAUACUCACACGUGUUCAAUACACCUCCUGCCUCUCCUCAGGCAUAUCAAAGCACAUCAGGUCCACCCAUCUGGCCGGGCAGCACCUUCUUCAAGAGAAAUGGAGCCCUUCUGCAAGAUCCUGACAUUGAUGCUGCCAGUGCCAUGAUGCUUUUGAAUACUCCCCCUGAGAUACAAGCAGGUUUUCCUCCAGGAGUGAUACAAAAUGGAGCACGGGUUCUGAGCCGUGGGCUGUUUCCUGGAGUUCGGCCUUUGCCAAUCACUCCCAUUGGAAUGACGGCAGCUGUGAGGAACGGCCUCGGAGGCUGCCGGCUGCGGACUGAGAGCGAGCCAUCGUGCGGCUCCCCGGUGGUCAGCGGCGACCCCAAGGAGGAUCACAACUACAGCAGUGCCAAGUCGUCCAAUGCCCGGAGCACCUCGCCGGCCAGCGACUCAGUCUCCUCCUCCUCGGCCGACGACCACUACGAGUUCGCCACCAAGGGGAGCCAGGAGGGCAGUGAGGGCAGCGAGGGCAGCUUCCAGAGCCACAGCGAGACGGAGGAGGACGACCGCAAACACAGCCCCAAGGAGGCCAAGGACGCCCUGGGGGACAGCGGCUACGCGGCCCAGCACAAGAAGCGCCAGCACUUGGCCAAAGCCCGGAAGGUGCCCAGCGACACGCUGCCCCUCAAAAAGAGACGCACGGAGAAGCCCCCCGAGAGCGACGACGAGGAGAUGAAAGAGGCAGCGGGCUCACUCCUGCACUUGGCAGGGGUGCGGUCCUGUUUGAACAACAUCACCAAUCGGACGGCAAAGGGGCAGAAAGAGCAAAAGGAAACCACAAAAAAUUAAAAACAAGUCACUGAUUUGUUUUGAACUUUCGGCCAUUUGGUUUUAGCAUGUCAGGAGAUUUCUAAUGAUUUGUGGCAAUAUCAGCAAUUUAUUGUUUUUUU